AUGCUGCGAGUUAUACUGCUCGCAGUGUCUGUAAAAUACGCCCAUACAGACCCAAUCACCUUCACAUGUCUAUAUACCAUUAGCCAAUUGCUGGAUAUGGUUGAUGGAUAUGUGUCACGAUAUUUUAACGAGUCUACACUUGUUGGCGCUGCCUUCGACCAGCUUCUGGAUCGCAUGACUUCCAGCUAUUUGUGCUUCCUCAAUGCAAAGCAGUACCCUAGGUACCUGGAAGCGUUCUAUUUGUUGAUGGUCGUCGACAUCUGUGGACAUUGGGUCCACAAUUACGCGUGUGCAUUAUAUUCGAGCACGAACCACAAGGACGUUAAGGAUGCAAACUGUAUUUUGAGGAUAUACUACCACAAAAAGUGGCUCAUGUUUAUGUCCAUCGUUAUGUACGAGGCAUUCUUUUGCUCCCUAUAUGUUAGGUCAAUGUACCAACCAGGGCAUCUCUUCCACAACAUCGCUACACAAGUCAUGUACAUUGCUACGCCGCUAUGUGUGUAUAAAAUUCUAACGAAUAUUCUGCAAGGGGCGUACGGAUGCUCAAGAAUCAUGCAGUACGAUAUAGAUAGUAUGAAUGACGCCGCCGAUUUAGAGCGGAGGGCACGUAAAAGCUCAAAGGGUUUUUUGCAGUUUUUCUUUGGUGGAGACGAUGAAGAUGCGCACGACCUUUUUAACCAGGCGGCGAACAUUUACAAGCAGCAGAAGCAAUGGAAGGACGCGGCCAGGUGCUUCCUGGAAGCGGCGACUAUAGGCGAAAAGAAAAAUGAACAUGUAUUUGCCGCGUCGAAUCUAGUAGAUGCCGCAAACGCCAUCCUGAAGAACGAUGAACAUAGCGUGGAACACCUGGAAGUGUUGAUGCGCGCAGCAAACCUUUACAAUCGACAGGGUAGAUUCUCGCAGAGCGGGCGUAUCAUGAAAAACGCUGCUGAUGACUUUGAGGCCAAGGGGGAUCAUGUCAACGCUAUAGAAUGCUACCUCAAGGCGUCAGAAUUUUACGAACUCGACGAAUUUGGAAAGGUUGCGGGAUCUCAGGCACGUUUGAAGUAUGCCGAGCUUGCAUCGCAAUAUGCUGGGAAAUAUACCGAAGCUAUUAAGAUAUACGAGACCGAGGGACACAAAAAUCUCAAGAAUCAAUUAUUGCAGUACGGUGUUAAGGAUAUAUUUCUCAAGGCUGGUCUACUUCAUUUAGCUGCGUGUGAUGUCACAGACGCGCAAAUAGCGUACACAAAAUAUACCACAGCAGACUCAAAGUUCGCUUCUUCCAGAGAAGGGCGCUUCUUGAAGGCUAUUAUAGACGCUUGUGAUGCAGAAGAUGCGGAGAUGUUCCAACAGGCAAUAGUGGAGUUCGAUGCCAUAUCUAAACUAGACCCCUGGAAGGUGCAAAUACUAGUCAAGAUUAAGGCAACAUUACCACAAGAGCGCGGUAAAGUAGGGGCACCAUCCUCCAUGUUACCGCAAGGCGACGAUUAUGACGAACAUACAAAAAAAUCCCAAUGGGAAAAACCUGACGAAUUAAAAACUGAAAUAGAACGCAAAAUUGAAACAAAUACGGAUUGGAAGCAAUUUGUUACUGCAGAAGGAAAAGUAUAUUACUUCAACACCAGAACAAAGCAAAGCGUCUGGGUAAAACCGCCAGAAGUGCUACAGGUGAUACGAGAACAUGAACAACAGGAACUUUCAACCAAGGAAAAUGCGAAAAAUGCAUUUAUGAGAUGGUUAGGAGAGUUCAACUUCACUCAACGUACAACAUGGGACACCGCGGUCAGACAACUGGAAGCGCAUGAACGGUGGAGUAAAUUCGCUUUAUUGACGAAGGGGGAGAAAAAACAACUAUUCUCUGAGUUUACAAGCCAGGCACAGCGGCGGAUCCAGGAGGAAAUGAGACGCAAACGUGGAAUGAUAGGCGACCUAAUAAUAAACGAGUUAGAGAAAUGGGAUGAUCUCACUCCAUACACGACAUACGUAGAAUUCGCAAAGCGAUGCAAUACACGUGAAUGGUGGAACUGGGCAGACGAAAAAACACGAGAUGCAAUAUUUCAGGAGACCAUAGAGCGUAUGGAAAGGGACCUAAAGGCGAAGGAACGUGAAAAACGCAAGAUGAGCAUGUCUCAACUGGAAGAAGAAAUGGAAAAGGCGGCGAAUGAUGAUUUGCCGUUGUGGGAAAACGUAAAACAGAGUUUUGAAGGUUUUGAGGGGCUCCAUAUAAUCGACGUAUUGGAGUGCCAUCGUGAGGUGUUCAAGAGGUUGUACCGUCUUCGACUAAAAGAAGCAGAGAAACGUGCAUACCGUGCGCAACGUAAACGCCGACAACGUUUCGUGGCAUUCCUAGAGGAUGCAGUGGAUAGAGGUGAAAUCCAUGGAAGAACUACCUUCGAAGAUUUUGUUAAGGCACAUUCUACGGAGGCCAUAUACCUAGAUAUCGUGGGGCAGCCGGGAUCGACUCCGUACGACCUUUACAGGGAUAUCCACGCGCCAUUAAGGGACGAGUACAAAAGACAACGUGAAAAUGUAAAAAAACUUAUUGCGCAAGGGAUCCUCGAUCGCAACGCAACACUAGAUGAGUACGAACGUGUAGCGCUUAUGAAUUCUGCCUGCUCCAAGCAAAACGUCCCUCUCAUAUAUGAAAGCCUGAAACGCAGCAAACACAUAUACCAAAAACGGCGAUCACAUAGCGCUGAAGAGGGAGAAAUCUGUCACAGUGAGGAAACAGAGUCAACUGAUGAUUCGCGCGAAACCCACGCCCGAGGUGGAGACCCCAAGCGCCGGCGACGCGAGCGGGUAUUCGAUAUGCCGCACCUCGGACAUAUGAGACAGCUAGAACAGGCGAAAAAGAUGUUCCCCAAAUGCACACUCAAGGUGGGAGUUACCGAUGAUGAGGAAACGCUGCAACUGAAGGGACAAACAGUCAAUACUAUGGCCGAAAGAGCGGAAUUCCUACGUCACGUACGCUGGGUGGAUGAAGUUAUAGCUCCGUGUCCGUGGAUUGUCACCAAACAGUUCAUGACAACUCACGGUAUCGACUUUGUGGCACACGACGAUAUACCAUACUCAACAUGCCAGAAAGCAACGAAAGGCAUACAAGAAGCAAGUGAAAAUGACAUCUACGGGUGGUUGAAGGAAGAGGGACGUUUUAAGGCCACAAGGCGCACUGAUGGCGUAUGUACGACGGAUCUGGUAGUAAGAAUACUACAGCACUACGAAGAUUAUGUGGAAAAAUCUAUUAAUACCGGGGUCAAUCCAUGUGAUCUCAACAUUGGCGCUACUAUGGCGAACUCCAUAAGAGUCAAGAAAAGGUUGAAUAAGUGGGUCAGGCAAUUAACGGAACAAAUUACGUCGACUGAUAUUUCUAUUGGGCAUAAAUUGGAAGGGAAAAUUGAGGAAAUACGCACUGGUAUUGCAAAUUCGCUAGAGCAGUGGGUCGAGCGCUACAUCGCCGCGCUGCGUCACUUCGCGGGAGAUGAAAGUGGUGCAGAUAGCGGAGGUGGUGAUGCUACUGCAGCUAUAGAGGAAGUCUUCCUAGAUGUCCCCAGUGCAAAGGACCACAACUCUAACAUGGAUGAGUUCCUAGAUAUUACACCAACCAAGACGAAUUUAAUUAACCCCUAUGAAGAUUUUGUUGAGAGUACCAGUUCCAAAGAUGCCGGUGAUGUAGCAGGAAUGACGUCUACAACUGAUGAUUACGAUACUAGGGAAGAGGUCUUCGUCUAUACCGCUGGCACUUUUGACAUACUGCAUUAUGGACAUGCAAGGCACUUCGAACAGAUAAAGAAAAGCUUCAGUAAGGUUCACCUCAUGGUUGGUGUCCUAUCUGACGAUAUGGCGGUGAAACUAAAAGGUAGAGUCAUGCAGCAGUGCAAAGAUAGGGCAGCCGCGUUAUAUCAUAUAAGAUGGGUCGACGAAAUUUUAGAGGCACCACCUGCGUGCAUCACAAAAACAUUUCUCAAAAAGCAUCGCAUUGACUAUGUGAUAGCGUCACCCAACGUAGUAUGUGAUCCAGACGCUACACGUUGGCUUAAGGAAAAUGGACGAAUAGUUUGUAUGCAACGAACCCCUGGAAUAAGCACAUCCAAUAUUAUGCUACGAAUUCUCAGGAAUUACGAAACGUACAUAAAGAGGUCCCUUGAAAGGGGAGUUGGAAGGGAGGACCUCAAAAUUGGCUUCACAACAGCCAACUCUAUCAAGCUGAAAAGCUCUAUUGAAAACUGGCAGAAAAAAUUCACCCAGGAAGUCCAAAAGGCCACAUUAACGGACCAUCCAGUUGGGCAUGAAUUCGAUCGCCUUGUGGACAAAAUUGUGGAGGUGGUGGAUGGUUGGCGCAAAGAUUCGAAAGUCAUGAUCGACAACUUUAUCAACCAUGUCAUGUGGCCGUCGAAAGUCUAA